AUGUCCACACCGUCAACAUUCUCGUCGCGUCAUUCGCGUACAAUAAGCCCACCACCCUCUACAACUGGCACGAGCACCAUCAGUCCACAAACCUCAAGGUUGAACAUAGUGACGCGUCUCGCAAUCGAGGGAAAGGCCAAGAGAGACGAAGCAAAUGUAGCAAUCAAAAUGUAUCUCAAGCUCACCCUACCCGUAGACAGCAUCACCCCAGGGAGCGCGAUUCUUCUUUUUAAAGAGGAAAGCGUUAAGAUUUUGGAUCACGAAGUGCACCCUCUCGACAAUAACUCCGUCCCUUACCAUUUCUCCUCCGCCGACUCCCCACUGCUCCACAAUGCAGCCCGGGCUCUGAACCUCCCUGCACGAUCAGCAAUACCCUAUUCCACAUUAUUCGAUCAAUCUACCAUCAAUUCGUCUCGGGCCUCCUCGUCGACAUCAAGCAACUCAGAUCAUCCUCACCUUGACAAUAGGUACACUGGACAUAUCCUCGUUACUGGUUAUCACGUAUCGUUUGUCCUUCCCAAAGAAUUUCCACCGAAAUACAAGCAGAAUGGGAUCGAAGGCGAUGGACACAGCCAGAGACGCACUACCCCUUCACGGAGUAGACGGGGAUCUAUAGGAGAAAAGAAUGUUAUCAUGUUUAUGGCAGGCAUCAGCUUGAUGGUUCCGUAUCUAUCUUCUCCACCAAGGGCACCUUGGCUCCUCUCCAUUCCGACUCCCAGGUGUCUCCAGAAUAAUCUGAAACUUCGCUUGUUUCCGCCCAACGCCACGAAUUCAUCUACGCAGUCAAUCUCCUCCACAGAGGCUGAAACGGAUGCAACCUGGGACAUGACGGCCGAUCCUCACGUGACGCGCUCACCAGGCUCGCGUCGCCCAUCGUCGUAUCUGCAUCAGAAUUUUGCAGACGACGAAAGCAGCGAUUCAGCCAGCGCGCCCGGGUUUCCUGAUGGAGUCGGAAUCCAGGGAACAUUUCCAAGCACUGAGCGCGUCCGUGUUCGCUGGGCUGCUCCUGUUCGUGGUGUCGACGACGGCGCUCGAGACGGAAGACGCCGCGUUGGCGUAGAAAAUGCGCGCGCAGAGAUGUCUUGUACUAUCUUAGGGCGCGGGCGUGAUCGCGGGAGCAAGAAAGAUGGGGUCUUGAUGCGACUGGAGUACACGGGCUCUUGCUCGAGCAUAUGGUUCCCAGGAGUUGCCACGCUUCUGGGUAUGGAUGUUGCCCUUGAGGCCAAGAAUGCGGAAGUGACCUGGGUCAGGGGGCACGAUCCUAAAUGGACCAUCGUCGGCGGAGCAGGAUAUACAGGCCACGAAAUUGGCGGGACCAUGCACCCGAAGGACGGGAUGGAGAGGCAGCAAUCAUUUGAUCCACCCACGCCUGUGGACAAGCCGUCUACAGGACCCUCAAUGCAUCAAACACCAUCCAGGCAGGAUUCGACGUCAGCCUCGAUACCAUCUCUGUUGCGCGUUUCCCUGCCAGCUCAGAACGUGGGCGAGUUUACAUUCGACACAUCAGCGACACCCUCCGAGGCUGGCAUGUCUUCCCUCCUAUCUGCGGACGGCGGUUCAAGGGGUCGGAGCAGAGCCCCUACGGCUCAUGCUGACACUCCGAGUCCCUCUGUACCUAUCACCGUCCACCUGAAUAUCAACGAUCUCUUACCGCCACACAAGAACGUAUUCACUGUGACGAUAUCAGGCGUCGUCCUUGUCACGCCACGCACUCAACUUCCCGCUCCUGUCAACGCCAACAACUCCCACGAUAGCUCUCUAUCUUCUGACAGCGAUGACGGCAGACGAGAACUCAUUGUCUCACUCCCCCGUUUCCGCGUCCUUGCAUCGGACGACGAGGAGAUUGACACCACUGUACGCAACGGCAUUGACGCUGGCUAUGACGCUGUGGACGUCUACUCGUCCGCGGACCCCAAGGCACGUAAGGCGGAGCUAGCGCGCAGCGGCAGGUCGAAGGUGGGCGCCGAAGGAGGGCGCGUUGCUCUGCGUCCCACCUCGCCUUCAACGUUCGCACCGCCACCCCACCGCAAUGGACGGCGAGAUGACUCGGAGGGCCCAAGCCGACCACCAAGUCGGCCUCUGACUCCUUCGGACUCACGUGCAGGGUCCUCAUCAGCGCUCAGAGAGACCAUUUUGUCCUCCAUACGACCCCGGAGAGAUGGCCCUCUGAUGAUCCCAUCCGUCGCCGCUACUGUGACACCGCUGCUGUCUGUCGGGUCUGACUUGCCCGAUGCGUAUGCUGUCCACGUCGUACUUCCCGCCCCGGUGGACACGGAUGACGAGUGGUUGGAGUUCGGCCUCGCACAGCCCUCGCCGCAAACGGACAACGGCAGGCCGCCCAGGGUGGAGAUCGCAUCUGCAAGCCUGGACGGCGUGCCCCUGCGGUACGAGACUGCCGUGGCGCCUAAGCUGGACCAAAACAGCAUGUCGGCGCUCGCGUUUGAGCAGAUGAGCAGUAAGGAGUGGAUCACUUGGGUCCGCCUGCACAUCAAUCCAGCGAGCUCAGGGACCGUGGAAGUGGUGUACAUUGUCAGGCAGAAGCCCACGAGGGAAGCGAAACUCGUGGGCGCCACGAGCAAAGGCAAGGAGAAGGUCAAGGAUGUUCACGCGAUGAACGUCAUCCUGCCCACGUUCAACAUCCCAGUUGGGUGGCUACGAGUCGAUUCGAAUCUCCCGCAUCAUCAAUCUCUGCCUUGCGCGCGACGGCUGCUCAAAUAUGCUCUUGAAGAGUACUUCUAUACACAACUCAGGGUUCACAUUGGCCGUCCUGUGGUAGACGCGCCUCCAAUACCUCCGUCGGUCUCGCGUCUCUUCCGCGUUUCGAUGAGCACAGCCCCGUCCUUGUUCUUCCUCGUCCUCUUCUUGUUAACGCUCGGGAUGAACAACGACCUUGGGCGCAUCGGAAGGUCGUUGGACAGUUGCUCCACUAUUUUGGGUUCGGGAUGGGAUAACGUGUCGCCAACGGUCACGGUCACGGCCACGGUGGUAUCACGGACGGAGGAGGGUUCGCCGGGUCCGACAGUGUCUGCGGCGGAUGCCUCAUCACAGCAAACGCCCAUAACCAUCAUCGACGUCACGUCGCCUCCCUCGAAUCGACCGCCCGAAAGUGAGAAGAAGCCAGGGAAAUCGCCAUACAAGGAGCGGUCGGCGCUCCUGCCCUUGCGACACCUGCGUUUGCCGACCAGCAUUCGGAUCGAUUUCCCUGUUCUUGCACACCAUGCGAUGGACACUGUGAUGGACGGACUGAGCGUCGUAUGGCAGAUAUGCAGAAAGAUAUAUCAUUUCCCUCUGGGACCACCGUAAGCGUUAUAGAGAGCGCUAUGGAUAUUUCACAUCGAUGCUUCUUUUCAUCCUAUACUCAGCACAUACUCAUUCCUCACGACUUCUACUGACAUACGAUCGCAUGUUUAUGUUUAUGAUAAUUAUCAGCAUCGCCAUGCGAAUUCACGCUGU